UGUCGACUAGUAAAGAGCGGACAGUGUUCCUGGAUAUCACAAAAAUGAUACUGCGGCUGUCCAAAGUCGUGAUAUGUCUAAUAACUAUGUCGAAUUCAUGGGUCACUUCGGACACAAAAAUACUACAUGAAUAUUCUAAAUUGAUUACAAAUUAUAUCUCCAAUGUGGUGGAAAAUGCAGCAGGAAAAACCCAGUGCGCAAGUGAUUUGAAGAGUCUGGCACAUGAUUUGAUGAAUAUGAAGAGAUGGGCACUCGACAUGGUUGAUGCUUCUGGAAAAGUAUCCAGUGGUAUCCUAGCAGGAAAUAUCUAUAUGACAGGAAGUUUCGAUCAGUGUCUGGAGAUAACGGAAUCAAAAAACGAUACCAUGAUAAAUGGACAAUAUUGUACGGUAUCCAUAACCACCAGUAAACAAAAUUCGGGACCAUUUGAUUUUCUGUUGAGUACCGCAACGGUUGCUGAAUUUUUAGGGAUACGUUUGAACCCAAAAACAUCAAAUUUCUUGAACACAAUUAAGUUACAUUACGGAAUAUGUAUUCCUCAUUCCUGUUCAAUUGGCAAUCUCCAAAAUAUAUGGGACUACAUUGAACAUUCAUUCAGAGUACCUGCUCAUGUUGACUUUCAAGAUAUGAUGUGUAGAAUGAAGGGAAAAUAUGUCGAACCAUAUUUCAUUGAUAAAUAUAUCAUAAUGAUUUUCAUGCUCUAUAUUUUUAUGUUAGUCGUAUGCACGUGGUACGAUUUGACAAUUCAUAAGCCGAAUGAAGACGAAGAUUUCAUAUUAUGUAGCGGAACCGUGUUGAAAUUCAUCGAGUCUCAGCUGAAAAAUCGACCAGAGUUCUCAUUUGUGAUCAGCGCAUCCUAUGCCGUAGAUACAUUUUUAUUCAUGAGUGGAUUACUCUUAUGCUAUGGAGUAUUUAAGAAUCAAGAGUUACUGAAAAAGAGAAAGCAAUUUCCAGUUAUAUACAUGUAUAUAUACAGAAUAAUGAGGUUAUCUCCAGCUCUUAUUGCAACAGUUUUCUUUUAUACGAGUGUUUUCAAAAAACUCAGCGAUGGACCAGGUUGGCCAUUAUAUUCUAGGAAACUUUCGGGCAGUUGCGCCAAAAAUUGGUGGGCUACAUUAUUAUUUGUGUCUAAUUAUUUGGAAAUAACUCAACAGUGCAUAGAACAAUCCUGGUAUAUCGCACUAGAGUCCCAAGUAUUUCUCGUCUCACCAAUAUUACUGAUAUACUUCCUGAAGACGCCCUGGAAAACUUCUUUGCUGUGUAUUGGCAUUUGUGUUUUAUCUGGACUUUACGCGUUCGUGAUUACAGUACAGAACGAAUUGGGAGCUAUAUAUCUUGAGCAUAAUUUUAAAAUACUUUCGAAUUUAACAAAUCAAUUUAUUUUUCAGUUCACGAAUGUAUUUUUAUGGAUUUCCACAUUCACUGCAUUUGUCAGUCUCAUACUAUUGCACCAAGUUUUCACAAGAAACGAUGAUUACGAUCCUAUUAGAGCUGGCCUAUUCAACUCUUGCGCUAGGCAAGCAUGGGCCCUUGUUACUGGAAGUAUUGUGUUCCUCUGUUGCACAGGUCAUGGAGGCAAGCUAAAUGAGUGGUUGUCGCUUCCCAUAUUCCAAGUCUUGGUCAAACUAUCAUAUAGUGUGUACCUGACCCAAAUGAUUGUCAUAGUUUACUUCAUUGGAUCUAAACAGCAUUCAGACUAUUUCAGCUACAUGAAACUGUUCCACGACUAUAUGGGUGAUCUGUUUUUCAUAUUUGUAUUAGCUACAAUUUGGUGUUUAGCUUUUGAAUCUCCAUAUGUCGCUCUAGGAAAAGCUAUUUUCAAUAAGGCCCUCAAAGAAGCAGCAGGAAAUCAAUUGAAAGUGGGUACCAAGAAAAAGAGGAAGAAUAAGAAAGGAUAUGUGGUUUGUGUUUAUAAAUAUGACGAAGAUGAUAAUACGACUAAAAAAAUGAUCUGAAAAAUUGUUAUGCAAAUUUUUUAAAAAAAUUAUUAUUUCAAUUGUAUUCAAUAUGUUUUGGUUUAUUGUGGAAAUUUGGA